AUGGCGGAGACAGCUUCUGUCGCGCCGCUGGAUCAACGGUGGCGGCUGGAGCUUGUCAAAUGGCGCCGCUGGAGGUCAACGCGGCAGCUCGAGUGGCUGGGGGUGGCGCGGCUGCUCGAUGUAGAGCGGCGGGGGCGGCUGGAUCGGCGGUGGCAGCUGGAGCUUGCAGAACGGCGGCGGCGGAGGCUGGAGCUUGUAGAUUGGCGGGCCAACCUGAGCAACAGCUCCAAGGAGGACGCCACCAGGUGUCUGGUAUGGCUGGGGGACCUCGUCGACGCCAAGAAGUUGGGAGGCAGUGCUGCUGGCAGCGACACGCUGCUCCUCCCUGUCGUUGGCAUGGCUACUGCAGGUCCAAAGACACAGUGUACUAUGCUCAUGCAUAUGUGACAUAAACCAAUUCUGCAUUAUGCUGCUCAAUGCUCGCAAAUACUGCAAAAUUACUAGGCCUAGGAGAUUUGAGCACUUGUGAAGGUUUUGGGACAUGAAGCCCCAUUGAAGGUUUUGAAUUUUCAAAGCUUCAAAGAUGUUGCAGCUGUGACAAACAAUUUUCACCCAUCAUAUAUGAUCGGACAAGGUGGUUUUGGCAACGUCCAAUGUCGCCGCUGUGGAGUUCACUAGAAGAAGAACAUCAGUCGAGCAUUCCAAUGUCGCCUCCGCCGAGUUCGCCACCGAGCCAUCCAAUGUCGCCUCUGCUGAGUUCACUGGAGGAAGAACAUCCGCCGUCCGAACGUGCUACACCAGAGGUAUGUAUCAGCUUUUCCCAAAUUAGUCCAACGUUGUGGUAUGUAUCAGCUUUUCCCAAAUUAGGCCAACGUUGUUGGAUAUUGCUUCAAUCAAAAACAAUCUGUGAAACCUGGGCAUGUACUAAUGUUUCCUGCACUUUUUCUCUUUAAUCUGAGCAUCCAAUCUAUGUAAGUCGGGUGUUGCCUGUGCAUUAUAUUACUCCAUUGUUUGCCA